UUUCCAGGCUGCAAUGGGAGGGCUUUACCUCUCCUUGAAGGAUGAAUAAAUAGGUAGCUUUACUGACAACCUGCUCACUGUCAAACUGAAGUGCAAAGGAGACCAAGGUCUUGCUCUACUGUUGGUAUUCAUGAGAUCCAGUCCUGGCAACAUGGAAAGGAUAGCUAUCUGUCUGAUGGUCAUCUUCUUGGGGACAAUGGCCCAUAAAUCAAGUUCCCAAAGACAAGACCGCUUCAUGAUUAGGAUGAGUCAACUUAUAGAUAUUGUUGAUCGGCUGAAAAACUAUGUGAAUGACUUGGAUCCUGCAAUUUUGCCAGCUCCAGAAGAUGUAAAGGAACACUGUGAGCACUCAGCUUUUGCAUGUUUUCAGGAGGCUAAACUCAAGUCAGCAAAUACAGGAGGCAAUGAAAAGAUUAUCAGCAUAUUAAUUAAACAGCUGAAGAGGAAACUACCUCCUUCAAACACGGACAAAAGGAAGAAACAUAGACAAACAUGCCAUUCAUGUGAUUCUUAUGAGAAAAAACCACCUCGAGAAUUCCUAGAAAGGAUGAAAUCACUUCUCCAAAAGAUGAUUCAUCAGCACCUUUCCUAGAAUGCAUGGAACAGGAAGAUUCCUGAAGAUCUAAUCUGAAGCUGGACACUAUAUUAUGUACUCUAAUACAGUAGUGAGACUCACUUCUUGAUAUUUCAAGUGCAUAAAAGUAUAAUAUAUUAAGGGUGGGAAAAAAGACCUCAGAUAGGUGUGCAAAGUUAGGAUAAUUUCCCCAAAAUUAUUAUGCAGUACUUCAGUUUAAUCCAUAUGCUACAUAGCUGGUCAACUUGGAAAAACUUUCUACUCAACUAGAGUCUGGUUUCCUAUGUCAUGGAUUUCUCUGACCACUGAAGUUUUUACUGUAUCUUACUGCCCAACUAUAACAUCUCUUGACUGGAUGAGACAGUGAAAUUUUUAACCAAAAAUACAAUUUGGGAACAUACUAAUCCUGUGUUAACCUUGAUCUUGAUUACCACAAGAAUGAGGUUUAUUAUGAUCAUAAUUUAAAAGGUGAAAAUAUAGAAGCUGAAAAUAUGCAAGCAUAGGAUCAAAAUGCAAAGUUGAAAUCUUUAUUCUUUUGUUGAAAUGAAAACUAAAUAUUUAAAAGUUUAUAUCUGAGGA